CAAUUUCGGAGUGGUCUAUUAAAAAUAUAAAAAGAUGUUCGGCAGGCCGAGAACCUUGGCAGGGCGUGGCGGCCUUGGGCCCAUCUAUAUAUACCGACUUUGACUCCUAGGACAUCACUGGUCUCUCCUGUCUUCAUCAUGAAGUGCCUGAUUGCUCUCGCCUUGGUUGCCUGCGUGGCCCACGCCAACCCCUUGGUCCCUGCCGAUACCCCCGAGGUAGCCGCUGCUAAGGCCGCUCAUUUCGCCGAGUACAACCGCGCUGCUGCCGCAGCUGGAGCACCUGGCUACGCCUACCCUUACGCCGCCUACCCCUACAGCUACGGUUACCCCUACGCCUACCCUUACAGCACCUACGCCGCUCCCGUGGUCACCCCCGAGGGCUACCUGGCCGACACCCCCGAAGUCGCUGCCGCUAAGGCCGCUCACUUCGCCGAACACGCCAAGGCCGGUGGUGCUGUCCCAUACUACGGAUACCCCUACGCUUACGGUGCUUACCCUUACUACAGCGGAUACCCCUACAACGUCCCCGUGGUGACUCCCUCUGGUUUCUUGGCUGACACACCCGAGGUCGCCGCCGCUAAGGCUGCUCACUUCGCCGAGGUUGCCAAGGCGAAAGCUAUCGCCUAAGCACUGACUGAUACCUCCCAACCCUCUACCCCGUGUAGAUACCACCCCUCUUCAGUACAACGGACAGAGCCAGAGCUGAUGAGACCCCAGUUGGGCUUUACCGGACAGUCAUUUCACAUACAAAUUAAAAAAAAAGAUCAAUCUGGUUUUUCACUGUGAUGUACAACUCUGUUAGUAUAUAAAUAAACCAUUCUAUUCCCCCA